AUGUCGCUUAAUGGAGCAACCGGAAAUGCUUAUUUUGAUAGAGAUGUCAUCAUCGGAAACACCAGUGUAAAUGCUUUAAGAAGCAUUCAGGUCAAGAAUGUAGACACAGGAACGAAUGCAGCACCAAUUUACUAUUUAACGACGGCCGCGGGUUCUUCCGUUCUUUUUAUGAAUGGCUCAAAUCGAACAGUAGAUGGAGGCGCUAAUACACUCACGCUCAGGAAUGACGUCGGUGCCGUACGCCUUCAAUCACAGGGAGCAAAAGGUAUUUACAUUUAUCCUAACACAGGUAAUGUCGUUGUUGAAAGCACCACUCCAGUGUUAUCGAGUACAACGGGCGCAUUGGUUGUGAAUGGAGGAGUUGCGGUUGGUGCACAUGUUGUUGCAGGAGGCAACUUGUAUUCAAAUGGGCCAGUUUACUCGAAUGGUCAGAUCUGUGCGACGCAAGCCUGGGUGUCAUCUCAAGUACAGUUUCCAAAGGUUCAGGUGUUCAAAAUGCUAACUAAAGAUGUAAUCACAACUGGUAGCGGAACAAAGACGUUCUAUGUUUCUACAGCCGGCCGGGCGUUGAUACGCUAUACCAUCAACUUGCAUGGCACCAAUAAUGCAGGAGGAACACUCAAUGUGUAUCUAGGAACUAAUGCCGGUUCGAUGCCGUCAGUCUUUUCCAGUGAUUUUAACUAUAAUGCUGGAGUGAACAGAACAAUUUAUGCCUCAUUCAUUGUGUCGGGGUUAGUUCCUGAUGUAGCAUAUUUUACCAAUUUUUCAGCAGUAAAUGCAGCACCGGACACAAGCGCAGAUGUAACCAUUAUAGAGGUAAUGGAAUUAGGGUCUUAA